CAUGUUGAGCCAUCAAAUAAGGCUCAGACAUAGAUGCCUCAGAUGUGAUGGAUGCAAAGGAUUGGAUCGAAGCCUUAAUCCGAGGGCUGAUGUGCCUACUAGGGAUCCUGGGGAACAACUGGCUGGGUCUCCGCUCUCUCCCUGGACCUAAGUCCCAUCUCCGCACCAACGAGCUCCUCUUCAUCAACCUGGCCAUCUCCAACCUCAUCACCAACUACCUGGUGGAUCUCCCCGAUACCAUGGCUGACUUUGCUGGCCGCUGGUUCCUGGGGGAAGCCUACUGCGGUGUGUUCCGGUUCUGCUCGGACGUGUCGGAGACCAGCAGUAUCUUCUCCACCUUGUUUAUUAGUGUGUUCUGGUACCAGAAGCUGGUGGGCUCUCUGAAACGUGGAGGAGCUCCGGUCCAGCUAGAUAGCCUCCGUCUCGUAGCCUAUCUCCUGGCUGGCAGCUGGACAGUGGCUGGGGUCUUCAGUGUUCCACACUUCUUCUUUGUCCAGGUGGACAGUGGGAAUGAGAGCCACAAGGACUGUAUAGAAGUAUUUCCCUCCCAAACUGCAAGGCAGACCUAUGAGACAUUGUAUCUGACCCUUGCUAACGCCCUCCCCAUCGCUGGUAUAGUGUUCUCCAGCAUCCAGAUUGUGAUCACUCUGCUAAGGAACCAGAUGCGUAUCAAGGGCCUGACUUCAGACCUUCACAAGGGGACAGAUAAUGCUCUACCUAACAAGCGGGAGAAGAUGGACAGUUCUAGAAACCAGAGGAUUUCAGAUAUCCGCCCCAACCUGCCUGGUGUCUCCUGCUCUGUCCUACCUUGUGCAGGACCCUCUGUUGUACACAGCUCAAUCAGUUCCCCCCUCUACCAGGUUGAGGUUGAUGACAGCAGAGUCAGAGCUUCACCUGAUCGCCAGAGGACCUCCCAGCCUCCAGCUAAGCUCAGCCCAGGCUCAGGCACGCAGGUGAGGGCAGCCAAGAGCGUGGUGGCUGUGGCCACUGUGUUUGUGGUGUGCUGGGUGACCCACCUCUUACUGAGGAUAUCCAGCAACAUCCACACGUCCUCCGUAGUGGUGGAGGUGGCCAGCUACAUCGCAUCCUCUUACACCUGCAUCAUACCUUACAUCUUCCUCUAUGGAGUAAAGAAACUGUCUUGCUCCUGCAGAAGGUAG